CUUAGCAUGCGCUUUUAAACUAAAUAUACACUAUAUAUAAACUAUUAAUAAGCCAUUUAAUAAUAAUUAAACCAACUUUAUGUAUGUUUAUAUACAAUAAUACGAAAUACAGUACAGUAAAGGUCAUUUUUACCGUCUUAAAAGUUAUUUAAUCGGCACCCUGUGGAAUAGCUUAGUAGUUCUGUGUGUAAACCAGUAUGGAGUUCGGAACCAAACUAAAAGAACUUGAAAUGACUACAGAGGAGGUAGAACGUUUAAGUAAAGCCCUAAAGGAUGAAAAAUUUCGUGAGAUGCUACAUGAAUAUGCUGAGGAGAUUUCAAACCCUGAAAACAAGAGGAAAUAUGAGGAGGAAAUCGCCCAGCUUGAGCAGGAGAGGGGCAUGGAGGUCAAAUUUAUCCACCCCAAACCCCAUCAUGUGCUAAAGACCAGUGUAGAUGGGAAAGAGAAGUGUUUCAUCAACAUCUGCUCCAAUACUUUGAUUAACAAACCAACCUGUGUACCCAGAAGAGCUGAAAACGGCCAGGUUGGGCAGCAGUGGUCACUGCCUUACAGCCUAACACCUGGAAGACCGGACAGGGACAACAAGGGAAAGAAGUGCACCAUAUAUGAUGUCGUUUUUCAUCCGGACACACUUCACAUAGCAGGCAAGGACCCGAGAUUUAUGAAACUCGUCAACGACACGGCCGUACAAGGGGUGGAGGAUGCCUUCAACGUUAAACUGGACAAAGCCAACACCAAGUUCUUAAAAAUGCAAUACAAAGGCGUACCUCAUGCCGCUGUGAUUCGAAAGCCAAUCCCUGGUCACUGCGGUAACUCUCCUGAAGACACUUUUCCAAUACCUUACCCAGAAACUGUGCACAAUGAAAAUCCCAGCCUGCCCACAGUGCCUAUGCAAGCUGAUCCAAGCACUACCAAAGAUUCUUCAUUGCCCACGCAACCAAACUACACCAUCAAAUACAGAUCAAUGGUGGACCUUCAGGACUAUCGAAGCACCAGAGACUCUGCUCCAAGUCCACGCCCGAAAGAGAUAAUCAUUACUAUAGACCUGCCACUUCUUAAGUCAGCAGCGGAUGUUGACCUAGACGUGACUGAGAAAACUCUCACCCUGGAGUCACGAAAGCCAGCCUACAAACUGGAACUGGAGUUGUCCUAUCCUGUGGACGAUGACCGAGGAGACGCCAAGUUUAACAAGGCUAAAAAACAGCUUACCAUCACACUACCUGUUAAGCCAUCUAAGGAGCCAUUUCCUUGUAGUCCAUGGGGAAAUCUACUUGACAAUGAAACAGAGAGUGCAGAUAAAGCUGACGAAAUUGUAUACAAAGAAGAACUGGUCAAAGAACAAGUACAGCUUUUUGGGGACAUGCCUGUCCACGGAGAACCAGAGUCUCAGAUCUCUUCUGUUGAGGUCAAAAAUCGUGCGAUGGACUUUGAACUUAACCCUGAGCCCUCAAGUUUAAUUAGAACAGACGCACCGGAUGAGCUGAAGAUCUCUGCUUACAGUUGUGAAGCACAGCCUUUAGUAGACAGGAUGGUUCAGGCAGCAAAGGGGCUUCAAUUCUGUUCUAGUGAGGUCAAAAGCAAAACGGACACCGAAGCCGACUCAGAUAAACAGAACGAGCAGAAGAUCUCAGUUAUCAGUUGCGAUGGACAGGCUUUGGACGAUGGUCCUGCUCAUGAAGAAAGUGAGCUUAAGUUUUCUCGCAAAGAGGUCGACUGCUGUAAAACAGACUUUGCAUCUAAUCCUGAUGUCUUAAUGUCAGCUGAAACUGAUAAAACUCUUACAUGUGAAAGAACCAACGAUGAUACACCAGGACCAAAGUCCAAGACCAUGAAUGGGCCAGAAAUCGGUGCAGACGUCUGUUGUGUGUCCUGUGAGCAUCAAACCAAGACGGAGACGGAAAACUGUACAACAGAAGAUUGCAUUUUAAAAGACGAGGAGGUCCAUGGCUCAGACGUUGAAUCCACAGAACAAUCUGAUGUGGCACCUGUAAUAUCAAAAAAUGGCACACAGCAUCAUCCUACACACGAAACAGAGAACUUGGCACAACCUGAGAUCAGUGUCGCAGAGCAGCGAGGACAGGAAGUCGUGCCACCGGGGGACGAUGCAAAUGAGCCGUCCGGUCUAUCCUGCUGCGAGGUGGAACUUACAGCUGUCAACAGUGGGCCGAUCGAAGCCGAUUCUACUCUACAGACCCGCCCUGUGGAGACUGAAGCAUUAGCAGAAAAUGAACAUGUACAUUAUACACCAGGACACAAAGACAUUAAAAGUGCAGCUCGUCAGGAACAGGUGGAUAAAAUUCAGUCUUCCGAGCAGAGUAUAAAUAUGCCCGUCAUCCUGAGAGAGAAAACCAGUGAUGGUAGUGAGGUGGUCAUUAGUGAUCACACUACCACUGCUGCCCUCUCCUUCCAGAACUCGCUUUGGUUUGAGCUUGACUAACAACACAGCAAUAGAAAUCUGUAGAAGAUAUAGUUAAAGUCAAAAGUUUACAUACACUUUUAUGGGCACAGAGAAGUCACCAGAUAUCACCAAUCAUAACUUACUUAAAGAGAUGACAAGUCAUGCCACAAAGGUAAAAGACAUUAUAAAACCUUUUACACUAGCAAAUCAUAUUCAUACAUACCGGUCAGCUGGGCACCCUCUAGCAGGCAUAUGCAGCAGACAAAUUGGCCUCCAGUCUGCUAGGGUGGGAAAUGACCGGAUUUAAGAGAGGGGUGGGCUGUGAAAGGAGCCUGGCUGCCCAGGGCGCUUGCACAGUGGAGGUCGGGGCGUAGCUCUCCGUGCACAAAUCCACCAAGGUGUGGGUGUAUAAGAAGGGAUCGGUAGACUGCGCACACAUCAGAGGGAAUGUGCGUCAGUCAAGUCACCCCCCUCCUAGAGCACCAAUAGGGGUCCCCAGCAGCAGACUGACUACACUGAAUUGGGAGAAAAAUGGGGUAAAAUGCACAAUAAAACACAAUAAAAGAGCGCUUGGGUGGCGCGAAUCACUGAUCUGGCUGAGUGAGCAUCCACACAAACGCAAUCAGCCGUGUUUGAGAAGGGGAAGAUCAGAAUGGGAAUCUCUUACUGCUGUCGCUGCGAUACGAGACCUCCAGGACUGGCACGUUGGGGCCGAGUCUCCAUACUCGAUAACACUGUGUGGGAACCCGACACUGCCAGGUGCUAAAAAGUGGCCGCAGAUCGGACAUGUGUCGGAGGAAGCACUGAUCUGGCGCUCCUCGAUCAGAUUAGGGGUCGCGCCAGCAGCAGCGGAUUCACAACUGGAAAAAUCCAGAAUGGAGAAAAAGUCAAACUAUGUGAAGCUUAUUUUUUUUUUUUACUAAAAAAUGUAUUCCAGUCAGUCCCCGGCUUAAAAUUUGCUUACAAGCGUUUGUAAACUUUUGACUAAGUGUGGGUGGAGUAGGUCAGUUCCAGUUAAUCAUUUUGUUUGUUUAAUGUCUGAAUUGUAUCACACAAUUUUAAACACAUACAUUUACAAACGCCAAACGCCUCUCUGGUCGACCAGGUGAAUGUUAGUCCAGUGAUGCUCUCUAAUUCACAAACUAGGAUUAAACUGUGUGAGUAAAGUACAUUUUUAUUUAUUUUAUAAUACAUUAAGCCCAGA